CCACUGGAGUGUUAUAAAUACCAUGGCUACCCAAGGUCUGAAACCCAGCAGUCCAUCACACUUCAUACUUGUGUCUUCCUCCUGUUCUCUCCCAAUGGCUAAGUCAGUGCUGCCUCUACCUGUUUUCUGCCUUCUCCUGUUGCUGCUGUGCAUGAUCUUUGGGGGAACCGUGAAGUUGGUCAAUGGCCAGCUAUCAUCUCAGAAAACUUGGUGUAUCGCAAAGCCUUCGACCACUGAAUUAGCUCUCAAAGAUAACAUCCAGUUUGCCUGCAACAACAUCAACUGCAGCCCUAUUCAAAUAGGCGGUUCUUGCUUCUAUCCUGACACCACUAUAUCACACGCUUCAGUGGCUAUGAACCUUUACUACCAAGCAAAUGGGAGGAACUACUGGAACUGUGAGUUUGGUGGCUCUGGCUUGACAAGCUUUAGUGACCCAAGUUAUGGAAACUGCAAGUAUGAUUAAUAGAAGUUCUGCUCUGCUUCAGGGAGUUUGGCGAUGUGGUUCAAUUGUCCAUGAUUUCUCUAUUAUGUCCUCUUAUUGUAGUUGUGCUUAAACUAAAUAAUGAACCACAUAAAUAAAGUUAUGGUUAAUUUAAAGCAGC